CUGGAUCUGGCCGUCGUUGUGCUGUGGAAAAUGGAGGUUUUUCGCAGAAUAGAUAUGAUCGGAGGCCAGCCAAGGCAGACAAGAAAAGCCAAGUUAGCUUAGCAGUAUCUUAUAUAAAGCCAAGUCUGGUGUCCGGAUUGUCCAGUAACGGACACUGGGCCUCUAUUCUCUUUCUUGAGUGAGCAUCAUGGACACGAAGCGCGAACCUGACACGCACGCAAUCGCGGCACCAGAUGAGUCUUUGCCAAAUCAUGUUGUCGAUGAAGGCGAUGCCGACGACACGACAAUAUUCUACAACAAGAACAAGGCCAAUGCUCGACCUCUUACUCCCGAGGCCAGAGGAAGGCUUGUGCGGAAGAACUUCUGGUUCCUCCUCAUCCAGACGUGGUGGAUUUCCUUCCUCAUCCACCUAGACAAGUCGACGCUUUCCCAGGCCAGUACGAUGGGGAUCUUUGAAGAUGUCAGUAUGUCCAAGAAUGAGUACAAUCGGCUGUUCAUCUUGUUCUAUGCCGGGUAUCUCAUUGCGCUCUGGCCGGGUGCUUGGAUAUCGCAGCGCAUCGGCCCCAAAUACUUCAUUACAGGGUCGUUGUUUCUGUGGGCUCUCUUGAUCGGGGUUCAUCCUGCUGUGAGAACUGGACGGCAGAUGAUGGCAGUCCGGUUCUUGUUAGGAAUGACUGAGUCCCAGAUCAUACCCUCAACCGCCAUCCUCCACCAGACUUUUUUCCCUCCCAAGCAAAGCCCAUGGGUGCAGCUCCUAUGGUGGGCGUUUGGAAGUAUGGCCAACGUCAUGCUCACCAUGGUCGCGUACAAGCUCAUUCUCGACGAUAAUGCCGGGGCUUUAGCUGGCGGAAUCAACUCAUGGAAGUGGCUUCAUAUUAUAUGUACGCUUUUGACCUUUUCGGUUUUUGUGCCUCUCUUUAUCUUCCUCCCCAACUCUCCCCUGGAUGCGAAAUGGCUAUCUACCGAAGAGAAAGUGCAUACGAUCGAGAUCAUCCGUGAGACUCAUGCCGGGAUCACAAAUUCUACGUUCAAGUGGUCGCAGGUGCGAGAGUCGUUCGCUGACCUGAAAAGCUGGCUGUUCAUCUUCCACAUGUUCUUCAACGAACUCCCAAACAACACCUCCCAGCAGCUCCCCCUUAUUGUUGUUGGAUUUGGCUUCACACCGGCAGAGAGUGCUCUAUUUAAUAUCGUGAAACCGCUCUGGGGCUUCGUCCUGAUUCUCGUCUCGGCCGCCAUGUUGCACGGCACCAGACUCGGUACGGGCUAUACAUGUGCCAUUUCCUACAUCCCAUGCUUCAUCGGCGGAAUUAUCGAGCUGGCAUCCCCCUGGUCCAACAAAGUAGCCCUAGUCGUCGGAACUCAGAUUUCAACCUUCAAGCCAUCCUACCUCCUCGGUCUCAACUGGGCUGGAACAACGACGACAGGACAUACUAAGAAGCUAACGCUGAUGACUUCGUGUAUUGUCGCAGCGUCUGUCGCUAACAUGAUCUCGCCGGAAUUCUGGGAAUCAAAAUACCAACCCCGCUACGUCCUCCCAUGGGCCUUUAUGACUGCAUUCUGGUUCAUAUCACCCGCGAUGUGUCUGAUAAUCCGAUUCUACCUGCAGCAUGAGAACCGACGCCGGGUGCGGCUACUGGCUGAGGGUGCAGUAGACUCUGAAAAUGAGGGCGAUGCUAUUGAUACUGGAAGUGAGAUUGUCAAGAUUGACAGGAUGGAUUUGGAUAAGACGGAUCGCCAGAAUCUGAGGUUCAUUUAUCCACUUUGAGGGGUGAUCAGUAUAGAUUGCUGGUGAAGAAACUGGACAUAUUCCUGGUCUCUAGUAAACAAGGACAAAAUACCAAGAUAGGGGAAUAUCGCGGCCAUGGACAUAUCAUAUAUUCAAUCGUAUAGCUCAAGUAACGCUUACAUCCACAACCC